UUUCUAUACAAAAUUUAUAGCUUUUGUCAUUACCUUAAUAAUACUAUAACAAAAUGGGUAAACCUGGUAAACUGAAAAGUGGUAGCAAGGACAAGUUAAAGAAAUGGGCGAAAGGAAACUCCAGCUCUUCAAACCCGCAACUGCGAACACACAGGGAAAAAGCGAAGUCCAGGUUUUUCCACCAGCAACCAACAUCUAAACCAAGCAAAGGUCUAACAAUGGAAGCUUUAAAAAUCCAUGACGAAUUAGGCGGUGAUACAACGUCUGAUAAUAGUGUUUCUAUGGAUGAUGGUUCCAGCGAAGGAGCGCCAACUUUUCGUACAUUUUUGAGUGGUCUGUCCGACUGUACGAACGUUACAUUUCGGAAAAUUCAACGCCACUGGCUGAAUAACUCUGCAGAACAUAAAGAGGUUUGCGCUGUUCUUGCUGCUAUUACAGAGAUCAUAAGAGGACAGGGUGGCUUGGAGUCAGACACCGCUUAUUUUGCUGCCUUGGUCACCGCUCUGUCAUCAGUAGAAGAAGUAGAAUCUGCUGCUGCCGUUGCCUAUCUUUUAUCAAUGACGUGUAAAAAUGUUCCUGUCCCAGUUCUGAAAGCAAAGUUUGGAGAAGUUUCGAAACUUCUUUCAGAUAUCUUGAGGCAAAACGCUGUUCAAUCUGAUGGAACUGCACCAACUGCAUUACUACGCUCUGUCUUAUCAUGCCUUGCCACCAUUUUAAGGCAACAGGACCGACAGGUAUGGGAUGAUUCGUCCACUUUGAAUACAUACCAAUCUAUACUGUCAUAUGUGAUGCAUUCUAAACCAAAAAUUCGUAAAUCUGCUCAAAAUGCUGUCUGCACAAUCUUGUGUGCUAGUACAUUUGUAGUAGAGUCUCACCAGACCCACCCUGCAUGCAUUACAACUGCCCAAUUUUGCUGCUCACAGUUAGAAAAACUUGGUGGGAUAACAUCAGACCCUACAGUGUGCCACAUCCUAGCUUUACUGGGUCGAAUCCUACAUUGCUUUCCCCAGUCAGCACUGAAGCGUUCGUGCGAGACCAUUCUGCGCUUAAUGACUUUGAGUGACCCCGUUGUGAAAUCAGUAUGCCUACAAGCCUUUCACAGUAUGUUCAUUAACCAAUCAGAACACACUACACUGACCCCCGAUCUGAACGCUCAAAUCAUAACCGCUCUUUAUGAUUAUCACCCUAACACCUCAGACUCCCAGAUCUGCCCAGCCUGGCUUACUGUCAUGGAGAAAGCAAUUACAAACUUGGCUCUUAACUAUGAAACUACCAAUAAAGCAAAAUCAUUAGCCCUAGCCCACAUACCAAAAUUAAGUGCUGCCUGUUUCCGAAUGCUGCUAUCUUCCAGCACUGCAGUAGCAGAGUCCGCUGCCCGGACCAUUAAUUCUGUUUUAAAAUCCUGUUCUUCUGCUUUGAUGGACACCACUGGCGCUGGUUUAGAACAAGAGCAAGAAAAGUUUGUUCUCUCGAUGUUAAAACUUGUUGAGGGCGGUCUUAAAUAUAAAUACCACGGCGUGUGGAAUUUGGUGUUUGGAAUCUACCAAAGUGUCUUUCAAAACAUAGCAAGGUUAUCUCAUUACUCAGCUGUAAAGCCACACUUGGUCAGUAUUGUGGAUUUAAGAAAUGCCCCGCAGUUUCAAUACAAGGCUGAACUAGAUGAAGCUAUGGGAGCAGCAGUGGCAGUGUUUGGGCCUAAACUGAUACUUGAAGCUACUCCACUCAUGAUAGAUGGCAGUGAGAAAGAUUACGACUUUCCAAGAAGUUGGUUACUCCCGCUGUUAAAGCAGUAUAUGGCCCACGGAGAGAUUCUAUAUUUUGUAGAUUACUUUCUACCCCUUGCUGCUAAAUUUCGCCUACGGAGUGCCGAGUUGCGUCAAGAGAUGAGAGACACCGAGGCAACAACAUACGAAACACUUCUGCAACAAUGUUGGGACCUCUUGCCGCAGUUUUGUCGCGGGGCCACUGAUUUGAAGGAUGGGUUCCCGAAAAUUGCAAGGAUUUUAGGAAAAGCGCUAACAGAGAACAAAGACUUGGUUUUAACAGUCAUGCAGGGUCUUAGAAAUGUCAUUCUUUCUUGUAAGAAUUCUCCAAAAGAAGCAGAAGUUGUGAGCAGAUUUGCGAAGAACUACAUCCCUAUUCUAUUCAACAUUUACACCACUAUUGACCCACUUAUAGAGGGCCAGGACAUGAAACAACAACUGGUAGAUGCAAACAAAAUGAAGUCCCAAGAGCGGCUAGCUUCUUUGGAAACGAUCAAGCUAUUUUUGACAGUGACAGAUUCUAAACUUAUCUGUACUUACUUUUCAAAGGCUAAACAGCGAGUUUUCGACAGUGAGAAUGAUAAUGACGCCACGAGACUCGCUCUGCUUGAUAUCAUGGUUGCUAUGGUUACCUACAUCACCGAAGAUCAGAUUAAGGAUGUUUAUGACACUCUCAUACCAAUUAGUUCUCCAAACCAUAGCAUGCAGAAGAAGGCAUACAGACUUCUGGAAGAGAUCUGUGGCUCUGAGAAAGAAGCUUGUCGCCAUUUUGUCAAGACAAAUCUCUCGGAACUGAAAAUCAGAUUACUAGAUGGGUUAUCGACUGCUGCACCCUCCUCCAAAGGGCCAAGGAUCAACUGUAUCCAACAGGUUUUGAAACAGUUGUUUUUAAACCCAGCAACUGCGAGCGAAAGCAAAGAGUUUUUGGCUGCUGUUAUUCCAGAGGUGAUUCUGUGUACCCAGGAUGCAAAACGGAGUCGAACAGCUGCAUUCUCGCUGCUUGUCAACGCAGCUAACUUGUGUAUUGAUGGGUUAGAUGAUGAAAAAGUAAAACAGAAUGCGUUGGACAGUUAUUUUGAGCUUGUGUUCACAGGGUUUUCAGGCUCGCCACUGGCCAUGAGGUCAACUAUUUUUGCUCUUUCUCGUUUGGUGUACGAGUUUAAGGACGUCAUGUCAUCUGAUUUAAUGAGCACAACCAUCUCUAAUAUCUGCUUGCUGUUGAGUUCAAAUACAAGGGAAGUUUGUAAAGCUGCACUUGGUUUUAUAAUGGUUUUGUUUACAGUACUGGACAGAUCUACUUUUGCUCAGUACACCAAAGAUAUUUUGGAUUCCCUGCUUAACUGGAAGCCGGAAACGAGACGACAUUUUCGUUUCCGGGUGAAAAAGAUUCUGCAGAGGUUGGUGAAGAGGUUCGGAUUCGACACGAUUUAUGCGAUGACUCCGGAGCAGCAUCGGAAACAACUUCAGCACAUCAGAAAAACUGAGGAGAGGAUAAAAAAGAUGAAGCAUGAGAAGAAAAUCGCGAAGAAAGAUAAAGUGGAAGAUGCUGAUGAGAAGAAACCGAAGAGAGAGACAAUUGAUGAACUUUUAGCGGAUUCUUCUGACGAAGAAGAGAAUGAUGUAAAAUCUAAGAAAUCUGGAAAGAAGAAGCAAAGUGCCUGGCUCCAGGACUCUCAGGAAGAGCCAAUGGAUCUUCUUGAUUCUUCCGUCUCUCAAAAAGUCCUCGGAGCUAAUCCGAAGACUGCAGGAGGUAGGAAGAGGAAAGCGGAGUUCAAGAGUGCUCCGGAUGGUAGACUCCUCAUUGGAGGAGAGGAGAGUGGAAGUGAUGAUGAUGAAGAUGAUGCUGAGACUGAUAAACUCCUCCUUGGGAUCGGAGUUGGGAAGCAACGGAAGUCGCAAAAGAAAAUGGAAGAAGAGGAUGAUGAUGAUGAACCUCCUGAGAAGCGAGGAUCUUAUAAACCAGGAGGACGGGGCAUCCACAGAGAUGUGGAGGCGACUGGUGAGAAGUUUAAGAGCAAAAAGUCCGGAGGAGACAUGAAGAAAAAGGGUGGUGUUCAACCAUACGCGUACCUUCCUCUUGACUCUUCUGUGCUUAAUAAGAGAAAAAGAAAAAAGGCAGCUGGACAAUACAAAGGAAUUGUUCGAGCUGCUAAAAAAGGUGCAGAAAGCGGAGCAAAACUGAAAUCGAAAAUGCAAAAAAAUAAAAAGCAUAAAUAAAUCAUUUUUUUAGUUUUUUUCUCUCAGAAACCAGCUUUUUUUUCUUUGAAUUAAGUACUGGUAAACUUUUUUUAGAUGUGUAUGGCGUAUUUGGCUUAACUGUUCUUUUUAAUCUUUGAUUGGAAAAUGUAAUAAUAAUUUGGUCAAUAUCAAUUUUGUGUCUGUUUCCUAAAAUUGCAUUAGCAUGCUUUAAAAAUCUCUUCUUAUUGUGCUUUUUACGUACGAAAAUUGUUUUAGUUGUAACAAAUAUGGUGAUUCAAUUUUUAAUUCAAAAUGCCUACACUGUAGAAGUAUACUGCAUUUUUUGGGAUCUUUUUGUGUCUGUCAAUUAACCUAUUUUUUUUCAUUUACAUUUAAAUGUUCAGCUCUCCAUUCAUAACAUUUUUUCGGUUUCAAACAAUCUAAAUGCUUGUGGGAAUUUUGUUUCAGA